AUGGCGGACCCCGCGGAGACCACGAUCAAGGUGGUGUGCCGGUUUAGGCCGCUGAACAGGGCGGAGGUGGCCCGUGGAGACAAGUACAUCCCCAAGUUUCAAGGAGAGGACUGUGUGGCGAUUGCGGUGAGUUUGUUUCUUAAUUCAAGAUAAAGUGUAUUCAGCGCGCAACUUCUUCCACUUUCAACCACACCACAGCUAGAAAUUUCCUGAAAUCAACACCACUUCGAGGGUUUAUCUUUCAGUUUUUGCUUUCUAGCUCUUGGAUAACACAAGCAAAAUUUCCUCUUCAACCAAAUUGGAGAUGGAAAAAAAACUGUCACAACAUAUUGGUGACAAAACAGGUUGUUACAAGUCAAUUUUUUUCUCACCUCACAGUGUCCCGAGCAGAUACUGUACAAUAAACUGUAUAAAAAAAACCGCGCGUAAUGAAGCUCAUCUGGCCCUCCAGCUGGUCCACUACUGCGUUUUUACGCACAGACUUUUCAGCAGACAUGUUGGCUCAUUAUAAUUCUCCGUUUCUCAAGACUGCCGUGUGAUUUAAAACAGCUCAAAAGCAGCACAUAUAUUUAUUUCGAACCAGUAUAAAGCUAAAAUUUGACUAUUUAAAACAAAUUUCUGUUAUUACAGUUGCACUUCUACUUCAGCAGCUUCAUUGCACUUCGUCAACCUAGAUAGUAUUGCCAACUUUUACAUGCUUGAGCUUCAAGGCCGGAUCGUGACAUUGAUAGGAUGCUAACAUGUUAGCAUGCCAUGCCAGCAAUAAGUUUACCUUUAGCUGACAAAACAUAUCUUCCUAGUUACUGAAUGCUAAAUACCUGACAACAGGUAUCACUGAUAGUUUGGUUCAAGUACAGAGGCAUUGUUAAGCUCCUUCAUGGUCAUGGGUAGGCAUACACUUGUGGUUUUGUAUCAUCAAAUAUUAAAAAAAAACUGCAUUUUUAACAUGUAAGGUAAGGCAGUGGCUGUUAACUGUGUUUAAACAGUAAACUCAAGUUUUUGUCAGUGUAAGUGAUGGAUUUCAUUGCUAAUGGAUUUGUCAACCACUGUUUCCAAAGCUUAAGCUUGGCCUUUCGAUACCCCAUUUUGGUUGUAUAAAUUAGAGGUUUCUAUAUAUUGAAAUUAAAGUGGAUAUUUCUGCAUGUCUCUCCUGGCUGGCAGGUCACAGUGGUCUCACCACACCAGCCAGAGUCAGGCCUUAAAGCGUACUAUGCAGUGUGUCCCAUUUUACUCCUGACUGGACUAUGAUUCAUCAUGUGACCUUCAUUUUUUGCUGAAGAUGACUUAAAACUAACUAUUAAAAAACUAACUAUUACUUUGAGUUUAUGGAUUUAUUAUCUAGGAAUUACAACAAUCAUUAUGUAAGUUCAUGUUCUCAUCAGCUUUUAAACCAUCCUCAGUAUGCUCAGUGACAGAUUCUCAGUGUAAGAUUUUUAUAGCUGACAAUCUUUCUUACAGUUACUAAUGAGAUAUGAUUCAUGUUUAAUGUAUUGUACUUAUUCUAUUUUUGUUAGUAUUAGUAAUGAACAGCCCUAGUUGUAAGUCAACAAUCGUUAAUAUGCUACUUUUUCCACAUAACUAUCUCUUAUCAGUGUUAAUUGAUCAAUUAAAUCUUUCUGUGAGUGCUUAUUACCGUCUUUGAUGCUAUUUUCAGAGUUGCGUCAAACAUUUGAUAUAACAUCAGUUUAAAGAAGAGUGAAAGAUUUAAAAUAGGCACAGACAAACUCUCAGCCUCUGACCAACCAGUGAUCAGGUUUGUGUGCAUGUUCUUCAGCACUACUCUGUUUGGUGUAGAUCAUAUCAAAAACAGGCCUUUCUUUUUCUACCAAUAUUUUUAUACAGAAACACAAACAAGGGCAUUAUUAUUUUGACAAGAAAAGACCAGAGUGCAUCAGAAGACAGUGACAUUAAACUGAUUUGAACCCUCUGUCACUCAGUUAAAAGUGCAGAAGCACAUUAUACUACAAAACUAAAAUAGAAUUAAUAGAAAUAAUCAGAUAUAUACACAGUCACACAGACUCCACAGUAGAAGUUCUCAGUCAAUGGUGGUUUUAUUUUGAGAAAAAAAAAAAUCUCUCAAGGUCCAUGUGAUAUCUGUUUCCAGCCUUCCAGCUGACAAAGUCUGCUCAGUUGUCAUGGAUACAAGUAAAUUAAGAGGCCCGAGUGUGCGAUUAAAAUGCACUUUUCCAAGCUCGAGGGAAAAAUCAUAUUUAACGUGACUGUUUUACAGCUUCAAGGAGGCGAGUGUCAUUUUGCUCCGUGACUAUGACUCAGCAUCAUCAACAUUCCUCAGUUUUAAGAUGUAAUAUCAGCAUAUUCAUUGUGAUUUGUUGUGUCUUGUUUGGCAUGAGCAGAAACAAGCAUGAUGGACAAGUUUUGGGGGAACUUUUGCACUAAUACUAGUCCUCCAUAAUCUGACAUUUAGUAAUAUCCAGUUUCUGCUGCUUUUGACAAGGAGAUGCCCGUUUUAGUUUGUAACGUCUUUUGUAAAUUGGUUUAAUUAACUUAGCAAAAAUCCUCACCAUAAGAGAGUGACUUACUUUGUAUGAAGUAGCAGCAGCUAAUAUCCAUCCCCAUAAUAUCCAGCUGUAUGAUGCUUUAAGCAUUUGUUGGUCUUGUUCUAGCUUCUUACCUACCUGUGCUAGCUUUUCAAAUAAAAACUAGAGACGUGCUUUAACCAAAAGGAUAAGCAGUCAGUAAGGAAACAGCCCUAUUUGUCAUGAAACAGGGCUCAGAAUGUGUGGACACAAAGGCAAACCACCACACCAGCAAGUUGGCAGAGCUAUCCAAAAAAGGGCUGAUGCAAAAAACGAGCAAGGAUCCAAACAUAACAUGACUAUGACUAUGAAAACUGGAAUAUUGGAAGACUGAAGAGUGUGACAAACUGGCGACGAGACAGUAAGACAUGAGGUUUAAUACAAGAGGUAAUGAGGAUGAUGGGAAACAGGUGGGGAGAGACAGUCAGGCAUCAGGUGUGCUAAGACAGGCGAAGGACAGACCAGGCGGGAACAAAUCUAGAAGACAGAAACAGGUGAACUACAAAAUAAAACAUGAAAGACAUGACACGAAACAAAACAUGAAUGUGCAAAAAUAAAGGAAGCUUAACAGGCACGACUCUUUUCUGCUCUGAUACCCAUAACUAGGCUUUACUCACAAGGUAAUAAGACUGAAAAUAUUACAACUCUUUAUUGUGUUAAAAGUGCUACUUCACGCAUGCUACUGUCACUGACUCUGAUCACUUCUGCACAGGGUAAACCGUACUACUUUGAUCGCGUGUUCCAGUCCAAUACAACUCAAGAGCAAUUCUACAAUGCUGUGGCGCAGAAGAUUGUCAGAGGUAAGAUGUAAAGCAGAAUAAAUGAGAAGGGCCCUGUCAUAAACCCAGCUCAAAGCAGUAAACUUUUGACAAACGAAAAACCUUUGUCGUCCUUGCUUUCAUGCUCUGUAGAGUUUAGUUUACUGAGAAAUACAGUCAUAAGAGUUUACAGUCUGCAUUCUCUGCUUCUCACAUCCAUCCGGAGAUGCACAGCAGUGCUCUCACUCAUGAUGAGACACCUGUGUUUUUGCUGAGGGUUUAAAAGGGACAGUAUUUUUUCCCUCAUCUCCACACAUCAUAAUACAGUACAGGGCAGAUAUCUGGAAACCAGAAGACAAGGACACCCUCAUGCUGUCUCCUAUCACACUUGCUUUAUCUCAACACUGUACGGGUCCAAAACUUCCUCAUGCAUAAAUGUACGUAGUGAUAUGUCUGUCAAUAUGUAAAGUUACCUUUUGUUGUUCAGAGGAAAGAUUUAGGAGAUAAAACGCCAAUCAUGAAUCUGCAUAACUUCAAGGCAAGACAAGGCAAGUUUAUUUGUAUAGCACCAUUCAUACACAAGGCAAUUCAAAGUGCUUUACAGAUGCAAGGAAAUACAUAACAAAAAUUCUAAAAGGAGAGAUUAAAAUGAUUUCAAAUCAAAAAGACAAAACAAUUUCAAAUCAUAAAGACGUAAAAUGAUUUAAAAUCAAUAAGAAAAACAGAUUUUUUUUUUUAUUUGCUCCGUGUUUGCCCUAAAUAUCAUGAAAACCAUCAUUUCCCAGAAAAAUGAAAGAGGUCACUAGCAUACAUACCACCUCAGAGUAACCCAUGGAUGUUUUAAGAGGCACAACGGGACAUGAAAGGUUAAUUAUGCCAACCAGAGCCCAGUGAAAUUCAGGGUGAAACCAGUUGUGUGAAAUGUGUCUGUUAAUGUCUCUGAAAGAGAUGGGAGCAUGAUUGGGAUGAACCAUGUAAUACAAAACCACACUAGUGAAUAACUAAGGAACCUGAUCUAAUCUCUUUGAUCCCUGAGCCUCACUUAGCACCCAGACUGUGUGCUGCUUAACCAGCAAAACUUGGUCAGACUCACCUUAAUUCACUUUGCAUGAUAUGCUUUGGAUCGUUAAAAUAGGGCUGGGAGUCCCAAUACUGAGUGUUUUAUGACUUUGUGUUGGUGUGUGCAGAUGUCCUGGAGGGCUACAACGGUACAAUCUUUGCAUAUGGGCAGACAUCCUCUGGGAAAACACACACCAUGGAGGUAAUGUAAAGACUUAUCUACUGUGUUUGAUGCAGAUGUUAAAAGGUACUAACACAAAUUUUGUUGUUUUAUUGUUGCUUUUUCACACAUUUGUCUUCCGCAGGGGAAACUCCACGACCCAGACAUGAUGGGAAUCACUCCCAGAAUCGUUCAAGACAUCUUCAACUAUAUUUAUUCCAUGGAUGAGAACCUGGAGUUUCAUAUUAAAGUGUGUGUUAGGCACUCUGCUGGUUUUGUAUAUCACUAAAUACUUGUUGUGUUGUUGGCUGAGUCUUACAUGAUCACUUUCCUUUACAGGUGUCGUACUUUGAGGUCUAUCUGGAUAAAAUCAAGGACUUGUUGGACGGUAUGUUUCCCACUUUCAUGCUGCUUUAUUUUCACGCCCCAAUGCAAGCAAUUUAGACAUGAUAUUAUUUUCGGUCUCCUCUGCAGUAACAAAGACCAAUCUGUCGGUACAUGAGGACAAGAACAGGGUCCCCUAUGUCAAGGUGAGAUAUUUUAUGAUGUACAAUGAUGUACACUUGAUUAAAUUGCAUAAAUACACAGUCACCAGUUUGUCCACGGCAUUUAUAGCACAUCCAUGAAUGACUCAAGAGAGUAUGAUGACUGCAGGAUGUGUUGAGAGCACAGUCCACAUGAACCUCUCAGUACAGACUUUAAAAAUGCACGGACUCUUAUUUUUUUACCCUUCAUAUCGUUCUGGACUAUAAUUAUGAAAUAAAAGAAUGAAGAGAGAUGUUAAAAAUAAGACCAAAAUGAAGUAAUCUGCUCAUUCUCCCUCUCAAUACCUUUCCCUGUGAGUGUACCAGCCUGCUAGAAUCAGUAUGUCAUGGCCCCCUCUGAAAAUAAUUGUCUCUCUGUGAGUCCCUCCUGCUGCAGGGGGGUGUAACACAGUAUUUUCUUGUGUGCAUGUGUCCUCAGGGGUGUACCGAGCGCUUCGUGUGCAGUCCCGAAGAGGUCAUGGAAGCCAUAGAUGAAGGCAAAAACAGCAGAAGCGUGGCUGUCACAAGUGAGUUCACAAGUGCCUCCGGUGGUGCUGCUCCUCAUGGGUUCAACCUCACACAGUCUCCUGACUAUACCGAGACUCCCAUCACCCAACACACUGUCUAUUUUCUUUAACCAUAGAAAGAGAAAAAAAGAGAAAAAAAGAGAGGGAAAAAUAGGUACAUCACAUAAGAAACACAGUGAAAUCAUUUAAAGAUCAAACAAUAGUGUUUGUCUGCGGGCCAUGAAAACAAGAGAAUGAAAAGCUUGACUGAUUCAUUCAGAGCUUUUUUCAACUUUGUUUGAAUUUUGAUAUAACUGGAUGUUUCCUAUAUGAGUAUAUACACUGCCUUCACAUCUUCAAUCUAAGUCCAGCGGCCAUAUAUAAGUACUGUAAGUAAGGUCUAAAAAGCAUGAAGUUUUCCCGGAAUUUCCCCUCAAAGUGAAGACUAAAUCUUUGUUAGUUAUUCAGUAAGUUAUUCACAAAGUCUUUUAGCCCCUAAGAGAGUUCUUAGACUAUAAAACUUUUAGAAGUAUCAAUAGAUUUAAGAGUUUCUAAAGCUGAGGAGGAACUAGUGGAAAGAAGGGAUGGAGGAAAUGCACUUCAAAAUGCGCUCACAUCUACAGGACAACACAACAAUGUUAGAGAGGAAAAUGUUUUCAUGUCAAGUGAGCCUCAUGUAAGGAGGCUUGUUUGCUACAGACAUAAAUAAGAAAGUGUAAACUCAACAAGGAGCAUGACUCUAUAGACAAUCUGCAUGUGAGAGGCUUCGCAGCAAUAGGCAUGGGUUUUAUUUAAGUGAAACUUCGGGUAUUUUCAACAGAAGCAAUGGUUAUAUAAAAAAAGGUGAAAGAUGGAAUGUCAUGACCAGGCUGAUCAGUUUUUAAGUUCAUUUAUGCCAUUACAGGUGAGUGGUUUCAUUUAAACUGUGUUUCUGUGUGUCAGACAUGAAUGAACACAGCUCCAGGAGUCACAGCAUCUUCCUCAUCAACAUCAAGCAAGAAAACUCUCAGACUGAGCAGAAACUUACCGGGAAGCUCUACCUCGUCGAUCUGGCUGGAAGUGAAAAAGUACGUUUCCAUGUUUCCAAACUCCUCCUCUAUAUCAAUCUUUCUCCUCACUUUACUAAUCUAGCUUUCACUCCAAACCAUUCAUUUAAAGCUGAGACCAAACAGUUGUAAGGCGAAAGAGUUUUAUUAGACCUUGUAACCUUUCAUACUUUGACUGACAGCUUGCAUAUGUGGACGGUCCUCUUAGUCUCAUUUCUGUUGCUCCUAUUACACAGUUUAUGGCCUGCAGUGACUGGGUUUAUUUAAUGAAACCUUAAUGACACACUGCUGCUGCUGCUGCUCCAUCUCAGCAGGGGACAGCACUGUAAUCUGUCUGUCAGUCAUGAGGAGAUGUUAAUAAGCAAAAACUGGCUCUAAGCUGAAGUAAAUCCUCUGACAUACUCUGUCAAUCAUCUUUUAUUAAUCUCCCUGUUAUUCACUAAACCUCACACCUCCUCCUCAUCUAUUUUUACUGUAGGAUUCUCUGUGUGGUUUCCUAUGAGGACAACAGUGCAGAGUGAUAAUGUUAAUAUUUCUAGUUUUGUCAUGAGAACUGUUUUGUGUUUGUGUGCUUUUAAGGUGGGUAAAACAGGAGCAGAGGGCACUGUGCUGGAUGAAGCCAAGAUGAUCAACAAGUCCCUCUCUGCCCUGGGAAAUGUCAUUUCAGCUCUGGCAGAGGGCUCGGUGAGACAAACACAUUUCUGGUUGAAUUAUGUUCUCCCAUCAUUUUAAUUGUAGUUUAUUGAGGUGUUAAUGAAGGAGAAUGUGAUGGAAAGUUAAUGAUUAAGAUUCCUCUGCAAUAUUCCUUAGGUAAAGAUUUCUUUAAGAUGUUAGUAUGAUCUCUUCACAUGAAACUCUUUAGAUAGUCAGUCACUAUUUUCUUUGUAGUAACUACAUUAAUAUUAAAUAACAAAUGGUCUCAGUAUAGGUAUCUUCUUGCAGAGCUAUGUACCCUACAGAGACAGUAAGAUGACCAGGAUCCUGCAGGACUCUCUGGGAGGAAACUGUCGAACCACCAUGGUCAUCUGCUGUUCACCUUCUUCCUUUAAUGACGCUGAGACCAGGUCCACACUGCUGUUUGGACAGAGGUACAAAAACGCACAAGCUCACAGAUAGAUAUAAGAUAACAAAACACCAGGGAUCCAUAAAUAGAUAACAUAUUGAGUAAUCCAUCAUAUGUAAUUCUUUUUUUACGUCUCAAUGCAUCACCAAAAUGGAACUGGUCAACUGUUGAAUGGAGAAAAAAAUAGAAAACCUUCAAAGCUCUUGGUCUCCCCUUCCCUGAUUUUAUUUUGGUGCAAUGGAUGCUGUUUCUUGCAUGUGUUAAUAUUGUUAGACUUUCAGACCAAAGCCUGGCAUGUAAACUGUGAAGCGUGUGCAGAAUGCCUGGCCAGUCAAAGUGUUUACAUGCAUGGGGAUGUAGAUCCCCCUCUGCAGUAUGUGAGUCUGUCAUAUUAACCUGUUGACAAUAAGAUGAAAAAAAGUACUUUGAAAGUAUUUAGUCUAAUGGUACCCAGAUUACUGACUAUCAACAAUGUAAAUAGUAACUGUUAUGCAUGCCAAGCACUGUAGUCUGGUUUGAAUGGUAGCAGUGCAUCAUACAACUAAGAAAACCAAACAACUUAUCAACCAACCAACCACCCAACCAGUCGGUCAGCCAGUCAGCCAGUCAAUCGAUUAAUCGAUCCAUCGAUCAAUCAAUCAAUCAAUCAACCAACUUACCAACCAACCAGUCAACUAACCAACCGACCAGUCAAUCACUCAAUCAACCAUCCAUCCAUCCAUCCAUCCACCCACCCACCCAUCUACUUACCCCAAAUAUUAUCUCAGGACAGUUAACAAAAGGAGCUGUUCUAGACUCUACUUUUAGAGUUUUUCCCUUGAUUAGAGUGAAUUCCAUCUUUAAAGGUCAGACCCAUCCUGAUCCAUAUUUUUCUCUCAUGGUUGUAACACUUGGCAAUAAUACUGCAAAAUAACACAACACAAUGACUUUAUUAGUGUAAUAUUUAUGACUCUAUCCUUAAAGUUGUAACUUUAUUAUUCCUUAAUGUUGCCCUCAUGCUCCAUCGUACUUUCCUAAAGUAAGUGCAGACUAGGUAAAACACAUGCUGUGGCAUUUGUUCAGUCAGGAUCAUGUACAUGUGACUGCACCAUCAAACUCUAAGGCUUGGUCAAAAAGUCUUUAAACAGGAGGAUAGACCGCUAAGUUGCUUUAUGAAAUCUGGUCCAAAUUUCUUACGAAUGUUAUUCUUAUUUUUCUAUAGUAAGCUAACCACCUGCUGACUGUUCUUCACUUAGCAAACACACAUUAUCAUUGUAUUGUUUUUCUUAAUGAAUUAAAGUCAUUACAUCAAAUAUCAUCACCCCCUACUGUAGACACAUGCCCAUCUUGUAUAUGUCAGCUACAAAAUUCUCAAAAGUGGAAUUAUUACAAUAUUUAAAACAGCCUUUUUUUAUUAUUAUUAUUAUUUUUUAUCACUGACCGUUUUCAAUGUUUGAGAAAGCUUUUUAAAGAAAAAAGGCCAAAAUCUGAGGAGAAAGUGAGACUGUAACUGCAGCUAGUUUGUGUUACUACAGAAAAACAGAUCAGUGAGUGAUCUUGUUGACUUUAAAACAGAAAGCUCCUAUCGUCUCCCCUCACCUUUCUCACCAGGGCAAAGACCAUCAAGAACAAUGUGACCCUGAAUGUGGAGCUGACCGCUGAGCAGUGGAAGAAAAAGUGGGAGAAGGAAAAAGAGAAGAACAAGACGCUGAAAAACACCAUCACCUUGCUAGAGGCUGAGAUCAACCGCUGGAGAAGCGGUGAGAAAUGCGUCUCACUUUCUUUACAGUGAAUAAUACAUUUACUACAGUCUGACUUGGUCAUGGUCACUAAAACAAAACUGCCUCUUUAUUUCGUAUAAAGAUCAAGAACUGAUGAGGACGUUUGGACCAGCACAGAAAAAAAACGUCCUAAAAUAAGCAAAAGUGAUAUACUUGCUAAUCUAUCUGACAAUGUAACUUAACAGGAUUGUGUAUUUGGUAUAAACGACAUAAAGAGCAGAAAAAAAGAAACCUUUUAAACGUUAUAUCACACAGUCAUGCUCUGAAGUGUCCCAGUCUUGGUUUGUUAGAGAUGAAUCACACACUGGUUCUAUUUUUGGAUUGAAAAGGAUCCACUUAAAGAAAGAGCCCUUUGUUUACAUGUCAGCAGUGCUAUGAGAAUCACUGGUGUAGUUACAGAGUUAAAAAGUGCACUUUAAUGUGCUCUUCAUACUUUAAUACUAACGUUUGAAGAUUUGAGGAAUGAAACAUUUUCAAAGGAUUCCUUCAAAAAGUAAUUUAUAAUAUUUUUGAAUCUUCGCAUUAUUUGUGCAUUUUAUAGUGUCAAAGUGACUCAAAGGGACAAAACAUGGGGUUGCACCAAUAAGGUCUAUAAACAGUUGAAUGUGAACAAAUGCAAACAAAAGGUGAAAGUAAAAGUUCUUGUUUAAGACUAUAAAUUAAUAAGUAUUCGAAGGUGUAUUGCAACAUUUCAAACUGAUUCUUGCAAAGAGUAACUGUUUUGUUAUUGUAGGAUUAGUCUCUUUAACCAGAAGCAGCCACAACAAGAGGCCAACAGAGUGUAUAAGCGAAAAUAGUGAUUUAACAGUUUAACAACUUUUUAGGACUUAAAGAUUUGAACAAAAUCACCAGUGAAACCUGUAACAGCACCAAGUGAGCCUUAUUAUAUCCUCCCAAUGCCAGUUUUAGGUAACUUUUUCAGAAACACCACUUUGUACCUCUUUUCUGGUUGUUGCAGAACAAAACCAUAACAGAAGUAAAAGAUUUUCAAAACUGGCAAAACUGACCCUAACAGAAAGUUCCUCAUAGGAGCUUUAGAGACAGUUUUUGGAUGUGCUUUCCUGACUUCAUACUUUUACAGAGGCUAAAAAUAAGCUCACACCAGAGCCUUGAAGUUGACUUACUCACUGAAUACUUAUCACUGUAAAUUAUGUUUGAAAUCAGUUUCAUUUUCUCCACACUGCUCCCUUUGAUAUUGACAGAUCUGCAGCUCAAACAUCUUUAACUAGCACACAAACCACAAGAAUAAUUUACAGCAACAAAUUAGUUUCAGGGAAUAAACAAGAGUGAUGUCAGAUCUGUUGUGCACUAUUGAUGCCAAAGUGAUAAAACAAUUCUUAUAUCUCACAAUGGAUCAGUUUAUGUCUAUGUAUGAGUUAAACUUUGUCAUCUCUCUCUUAUAGUUUGCUUUGAGUGUAUGAAACAUGAUGUGGAUCUGCUUGUGGCAGACUUGUGCAUGUUUGCCAUUGGUCAUAUGUUACUCACUAUGCUCCUCAUGUGAAAUGUUGCGGUGGUGACAUCGGGUUGAAAACCAUUUUUGUGGGACUGUUAAGUGCCUUUAAAGCUCGAGACCAAAAGAUACUCAAAAAGGAUCAUGAACUUCUAGUGUUUUGAUUUAGAUAGUGACCCUUUUAAUGUAGUCAAAGCCUGCUUUUACUACAAAACUAACAUGAGUUUCAGUUUUUGCUCACUUUUGACCUGAUCAAAAACCAUUGGCAAAAAGUCACUUUUUGUAGACACACUUUGUACCCAAUCCAGCCCAUUUUACAGCCACUCAAGAAGUACAAAACUGUAAUUGUACCUGAAAAUAGCCUUAAAAAUCUUAAAAAUAAGUGAUUUAGGGAAAUACAGAGGAGGAGGGGAUGGAGACCUCGUAAACACUAGCAGAGAACAAGAAUGAUGUCCAUUUUGCUGCCCCCUACAGGAGAGAGCGUCCCAGCCGAGGAGCAGUUUGAUAAAGAGAAGGCCACAGCAGAGGUGCAGGCCCUGGACACUGCUCUUAAUAAUGAUAAGGCAACACCGCAACCUGCACUCAGCACACUACCUGGAGUCAUCAUUACAGAAGUAGGUAAAGAGCAGUAUGGAGCAGAAAUGGGCAAACUCUACAAGGAGCUGGACGACAAGGUGAGAACACGUGCAUGAUACACUGACAGUGACUCUCAGGAAAGUCUCUUUUUUUUUAGGAACAUGCUGGGGUACAUGCAACAGAUAAGCUUUUAACAGUGUAUCGACACAGUGGAGUGUUGAUAUCAGUGCUUUUUGAUUGGUCUAGAAAGUUAAAUGUCAAUUUUUGGAAUAAUAAAAAGACAGGUACAGUGACUGAAAAAAAAUAGUUUCAAAGACAUCAACUUAAGAUAAAUGUAGAGGUUUUUUUAAACUGUUAAUCAUGUAAAUCAGACACAGAGGUAUCAGAAAGACACGAUAAAGCCUGAAAAUGAUUAUAAUAAACCUCAUCUUUAAUGUCACUUAAAAUGCCUGUGUGUGCAUGUUUGUAUUCCCCUCUUUUCUUUUCAAACAACAGAAAUGCUCCAUUCAACUGUUUUUGUCUCUUUGCUCUUAAAGUUAUUUUCGAAGUAUAUUUUAAAAACUUCAGAGACUGAUCACGUUGGAAGUUAGAUAACAUAUGAUGACUGCAUAAUUAUUUAACAAUGAGCUUACAACAUUACUUAGAAAGAGCAUGCCCCACAGGGAUUACUAAGAAAUCAUCCUGUCCUAAAGCACAUCAUCAGCUGUGAUAACUAUUCUAAUAACGUAAUAGACUGAUCUUCUACAAGGACCCGAACUUAGAAAAUGUUCCUUUUUAGUCACUGAACACAACUUCGCGACAAAAUUUCUUAAUUUUCUACCUAUUUUUAGUGCCUCUGUAUGUAUGUUGUCACUUUUUCUAAUAACCCUCUGACUAUUAGUGUGUACUUUUAAAUAAAGAUAUAAUCUCACCACCUGAUGUACACCCCAACACCAAAACAAGUUGAAACACAGUGUUGGAAAACAGAUUCUUGUGGUCUGCGAAUCAUUUAAUCCUCUAUUUAAAAUAACACAUUAAAACUGAAAAAAACAAAACAUAAAAAACAACAUUGUUUUGUGUCAUCUUCAUUUUAAUUUGGUGCUCGAUAAAAACAACAAAAAAAAUAAGUAAAUGUAAAAAAAUAAAUAAAAAUUAAAAAGAAAAAAAAACUCUUGGAGGUCAAUUACAUUACGUUCAGUGUCCAAACUAUUUUAGCUUUGGGAUCGCAUGACCAAUGUUAAAUUGUAACAUUUUAAAUGUUUUUUUUAGUACACGUUAUUUUUUUAAUUUCCCAAUAAGUAAUAAUUUGUGGAUUACAUUCAUAGCAAUUGUCCACGCAUUGUUUAUUACCCCAGUUUUGGAUCUGAUGCUCGGCUGUAAUACUUUUUCUUGUCAGCAGGUGGCAUGAUUGGCUGCUAUGUCAAUAUUACUUGAGGUUGCUGUAGAAAUAAGCAGGUGGUGAGUUAUAUCUCUUUUUUCUUCCUCUGUCCUGUCCUUCCUGCAGGAUGAAGAGAUCAACCAGCAGUCUCAGUUGGUGGAGACACUGAAACAACAGAUGUUGGACCAGGAGGAGGUGACCCAGCUCCCCUCUUACCGUUCCCUCUCCUCCCCCUCUCUCCCAAAUUCCCCCACGCUGUCUUUUCCCUCCAGCCGUUCCUGUUAGCAUGAGCCCAUUCUGACAGCAGAUAGCAGACCAUUAGUCUCCCUGCAGGAGAGGUCAGACUGUAACUCACCCUCAGCGGGCAGCAGUGCAGCCUCGCAGAUUGAACACAUUAGCCGAACAGGAAUUUAGUGUGCAGAUCCUGAGAAGAGUUUCUGAUUUCACCUCUUUGUUGCUGCUCUCACCCACAGCUCUUAUCCUCCUCCCGCCGAGAUCACGACACACUGCAGACUGAGCUGAACCGGCUGCUGGCAGAGAACGAAGCUUCCAAAGAGGAGGUGAAGGAGGUGCUGCAGGCCCUGGAGGAGCUGGCUGUCAACUAUGACCAGAAGAGUCAGGAGGUGGAGGACAAAGCGAGAGAGUUUGAGGCUCUGAGUGAGGAGCUCAACCAGAAAUCUGUAUGUCUUAAUCACAAAUCUGACACUGAUUGCGUAUUAUCUGGAGUUUCAAAAGAUGUUCAAAACGUUUAUAUAUUCUCAUCGUCAACCAGAGCUCUUUAGCUUCGAUUGACUCUGAGCUCCAGAAGCUGAAGGAGAUGACUCUCCACCAGAGGAAGAGAGUCACUGAGAUGAUGUCGUCAUUACUCAAAGACCUGGCUGAGAUUGGCAUUGCUGUGGGAAGCAACGACAUAAAGGUGAACUCCAGAAACAAUCUGACAGAGAAACAUGGCCCGUUGAAACAUAAUGACACACUCUCUCUAUUUCAUCCCCUUCUGCCUGUAGUACACGUGUUCACUAGAACACAUGCUGCAAAUUUAUCCCCUUUGUUCCACUGAGUCCCUGAAAUGGAACAUUUAAUGCCCUUUAGUCCUGCUCAUUUAUAACCCAUUCAUCAUCACCAAGUGUGAAGGCUAUACUUUGCUCACAUUAACCAAGAAUUUAUGUGGGCGACAGCAUGCAAUCAUUUCAAUUACCAGACCAUUUUUCUUUUAGUUUAAUUUGCACAUUCAUUAAGUUGACAAAGUUUUGGAAUUUAUGAUCUGUGCCUUACCAUUUUCCAUCCCACGUUUGCAGGAAAUGGCUAUAAAGUCUAUGAAGUUUGUCAUAAAUGUCUUACACUUCUGCAGGUGACUUUGUGCAAAUGCUGGUCUUGACAAAAAGCAAGUUAAAAUCACAGAUAUAUUCAAUUUGCAACGGUAUGAAAUCGCGAAAAGCUACACAAUCUGAAAGCGAGACCCAGAAAAUUCAGCAUUUUCAGUUGAUUAGUGUCAAAAUUGUCCCCUAACUUUAUUUUGUCUCGCUUACUGUUGAAUUGGUGUUUAGGAUUUAAGAAAAGUUUGUUUUUGCAACUAUGGAGUGAAAUCACUUGUUUGUUUGCCAGCAUCCUUCACCUGCUGGUUUUCCUCACUUUCCGAUAAGAUUGAAAGAGAGGGAAAUUUGUCAAAUGAGAAAUAUUCUCUUUUACCAGCAUCAGUCUGAAGCAGCAGUGGGUAAUGAUGAUGAGAUGCUCAGUAAGGAUGUGCUAUAUCAACAGAGAAUUACUUUGUGAUAUGAUUGGGUAAUUUGCUGGUCAUGAAAAUUGACAAUAAUUUGGGUAAAAUGUUACAAAUAUGUGAAAAUACUCAAAAGAGACCAAACUAAAAAAAAAAAAAAAUUGAAAAACUUUUGCAUAGCUGUCCUCUAAGAUUAUAUCAGAUGUUGUUAAUGACAUUCACAAAAACUACUGAUUUAGGAAAACAGAUUUAAUUCAAUAAAGCCCCUAUGAGGAGUUUCUGGAUUAUGAAACAGGCUGAACUGAAAUCAACAAGAAGGAGCCUUUGUCAGAGAUGAGGCAAAAUCAUCUGUAUGAGCCAUUACUUUGUCCACAGGGGGCGCCAAAGUCAAUGCAGAUAGAAAGUUGUGUUUUGUCCCCUGGUGCUGUUCGCUCACUCAUAUUUAACUGCAGUCAUGGCAGCAGCUAUACUUGCUCAGCUUUUGUUGUGCAUGAGCUCUGUAUGUGUUUUCAGUGCACAUGUGCAGUAGCUUGUUCUAUUUUUUUCACUGAAUUUGUGCAGACUUUCAGAUUGUGUUUUGAAUAAGUGAGUGACAUACUCAGUACUGUCAUUUUGCAUAUAGAAAACAGCAAUUAAUAUAUUAUCUUAGAUAUUAAAUAUCACACACUCCCACUAACUGCACAGCUGGAAACCUCUCAUUAAAAAACUCUAUUGAAACUUUAGAUUUCUUUCAAAAAUCGAUGGAUGGAAGAAACCUUGUGCUCAGAUAUGUUUUCUGUCAGUCAGCUGAUUAACAGAGGUAUCGCUUCAGUUUUCAUUUAAAAACUUCAUCUUUCUUAAAAAAUCGUGCAUCUGUGCAUCUCUGAAUCUAACAGCAGGUUGAAAACACUUUCAUUUUAGUCUUUGGUGUAUUUCGAGCUUUAGAGUUCAGAUCCUGUUUGAUCUAUUUUAAACUGCACUCCUCUCCAAAAAGAAAGGUCAAGUGUCUGUUGUGCAAACAUACGAGGUUCCUUUGUUUAUGUCGAUUCCCCUAACAGCAGUGAAGUGGAAAUUUAACUUAUCUUGUGCAGGCACAUCCCACGCUUCAGAACUGUAGACCUUCAAUAUGUCUUGUAUGUUGGAGUGCUAUUUUUGCUCUUGUACACCGCACUUAUGAGGUAUCACCUGUCAGACAAAUUGCCUUAUAAUUUAUACUGUAUCAGCUCCCUUAUUCAGGUAUCAAAAUUUCACAGUUUAAACAGCCUAACCAUACUCUAGCACUGUCAGAGCAUUGUAAUCUAGAUUCUUCUAGUUACUGAGUACACAAAUAGAGCAGGUCUGGAGUUUAUGUCCUAGACUGUAUAUAGAAUAGAUGCCGUCUGCUUCCUUGCUGGGUGAAGUCACCCCGAGAACAGCACCCUCUGGUGACGGGCCGCAGUAUAGGUCAUAUAUCCCGCCUCCUCCAGCAAUCCUUAUGGAGCCGUGGACAAACUUUAGAAAUUUAUAAUACAGAAUAUAAUUUUUUCUCCGCCUGUUUGCAAUGUUGACAUGUAGUUACAGUAAGACUGGUUUGUGCUGAAGUCCUCUUUUUUUCUGUGCAGCUCCGUUUUUAGGGGGUUCAUGUUUUCUAUGAUUAAGACUUGAUACAGCCUAUGGGCGUACGAAGAUAGCGUAGCUCACCCAGGAGAUACACUGUUAGAGCCGAGCGUCAUCACAGCAACUCUCGGUGACUCUCCCGCCGAAAGCGUAAAAUGCUACUGCGCAAGUGGUGGUUCCAGGAAGUGGAGGAAAAAAAUACUGAGAAAAAUCCGGCUUCAAAUUCAUGUAAUGGUGGAAGGCGGAACCAAGUUGUCCAUAGUAUAUCCAGUCUAUGGUUUAGGGCCAAAGACUUGUAUACACUGUUGAAAUGAAAGAAGACAGAAGUUAUGCAUUCUUGGACAGACAGAUCCAAAAAAGUGAGGUAGAGCACAUUUGGCAACUUUGCAACUGCUGCACAAAGAUGAAAGCUCAGGAAAAAUAAAAGAAAUAUUUUUGAUAACUUGUCUAAUUUAAAUUAAUUAAAAGCCAAAACAUAUGUGUAUGCAUUUGGUGUCAUUUGGGGCAUGUCUAAGUUGAUUGACAGAAAGGAAUGUUUCUGCAGACUUAACUUCCUUUAAAUUGAGCUGCUGUGGCUGGUCAAAGAUAUUUCAGUUUUUAUUGUUGCAAUAGGAUGCCAAAAACAUGGGGCACUUUUUUUUCUACACCUAAUGACUAUUUUUUCUGAUCUGUCAGCAACAAGAAAGCAGCGGUCUCAUUGACGAAGAGUUCACUGUGGCUCGCCUUUACAUCAGUAAGAUGAAGUCGGAGGUGAAGUCGCUGGUGAAGCGCAGCAAACAGCUGGAGAGCACCCGGGCUGAAAGCAGCCAGAAGAUGGAGCAGACGGAGAUGGAGCUGACAGCCUGCCAGCUCCGCAUCUCCCAGGUAACUGCUGCUUAGCACCGCCACAGCUUCUGCCAUCACGGAUACUGUCACCAUGGAGACAAAUGUGGCAGAUAAUUAAACUGACAGAACAUGCAGUUAUCAAUCAAACAGCGGCUUAAUGAGCUGGCAGGUCCCUCUGCAUGUCUGACACAGUUUGUUCAGAGCUUUAAAAGAACUGUCUGAGUUUUUUUGUGGGUCUGAAUCACAUUUUUAAAAAUUCCUUCUCCUGUUGUUGUGCAGUAUGAAGCUAAGAUCAAGUCCCUGACAGAGUCCCUGCAGAAUUUGGAGCAGAAGAAACGACAGCUUGAGGAGAAUGUGGACUCUCUCAAUGAAGAAAUAGUCAGGGUCAAAGCUCAAGGUAAACACAUCCUCCUCUGCAGCAUCAACCCUCAGAUGGAGAUCAUUUUAAAUAAGAGUUAUUCUUGGUUGAGAUUUUUAAUCCCCCAAACUAUGGAACCUUUAGGGGGCUGCACCAUCAUACACACGCAUGUUGUACACUCCUCAUUAUUAAUGCACCUCUUUGAACAAGAGCAGAAGACAAUUGAUUUUGAGCUGCACCUACCUUUUGCCCCUUUUAUAGCCGAGAGCAACAUGACUGCAUCGUUUCAAUUACAGGGGACCCUGGUGCAAAAACUCAACAAUGGCAUGCACAAAAAACAAUCCAGAUAUAUGAAACUGUCGAGCACAUACUUUAACAUAUUGUUCCCUAUAUAAAUCUUGAUCCACCUGGGAACAUGCUCAUAUGGAUCAGCCUCUUUUCUCACCUUCUUUAUGCCCACAUUCAUCUGAAGGUGGUUCAUGCAAAGCCCCAUAUGAAUGAAAAUGCAGCAACAGAGAGGCAGGGGAAAUGAAGGUUUGAUACAGCAAUGAUGAGGAGGUAAAAGAGCCCAUUUCGUUUGUUUCAUGAUACAGCAGAACCACAAAUACAGCAGCAAUCAGGAAAUAACAGCACGUUGCUGCAGCACGAGAACCUCCAUCCAACAUUAAUCCUUCUCCAUGUUAUUACUGGACAAAAGUUUGAGCUGUGAAUACAUCGUUAAUCGGUUGGUUUUAUUCAUGGUCAGCUUGGUCCGUGUUUUGACUAAUUAUGAGGGUAUUUGAUAAUUGGACCCACCUUCCUGCUCAUUAACACAAUAAAUGCAUGGAAGUGAUAAAAACAUGACAGUGGUGGAUGAAGUAGCUGCUUGCUCUCCCCGCACCACACAGUGAUCUUUAUUAAAAAUAAAUUAUACACUUAAUAGCACUGCACAUUAUUAUUAGAUAUUGAUAAAUUGCCUGCAACCAUUUUACACCUUUUGAUAAAACAUUUGAUUAAACACUCAGUGAUUGAGUCUCCUGCAUUUAAAACAUUGUUCAGUAAGUUUUAAAGGGUUACUGAUCUUUGCAUAGUUGGUGAAAGUUUGGAGGAUGGUUUGCACAUUUUCAGGGACGGUCUUGAGUUUGCAGCAAGGACUGCACAUUCCCACAUCAUGCUGAUUUUAUACAUGCAGGUGUGCACACAAGGUAAAGACGUAUUUCUAUGUUAAUUUCUAUGUUUUUUGUUCUGUUGGUAAAAAUGAAUGGGGUUGGACAUCAUGAAAAAAAACGGUAUAUGUGAUGAAUAGAAGCCAAGAUGCCCAUGGUCUAUUUUUUUCUCCAAAAUAAUUAGUCUGAUAACUACACUUGAUGAACAGCAGAUUAAUAGUGGAAUUGAAAAUUAAUGAAAUAUAAAAUAAUAAAAUAUUUCAAAAAUGUAUGCAUUCCUCAACUUCUGACCUAGUUUUACCAAAUACUUGAUUCUGAUUGGUCAAAACCCCAUAACAAUAGGAUCUAAUCAUGAAUUGCAAGAGCAAUGCCAGGGAAAACCAGAUCAUAUAUCUCAUAUCAAAUACAUCUGUGCAAAGGAGUAAAGUAAAUAAAGUUUUAUCAAGUGCAUUUAUGAAGGUUAAAGUUUUACCCCUUCCUGUUUGAGGUGUGGCAAAUACAUCAGUUUCCAAUAGCACUGGUAGUGCUCGAAACUGAAGGUUCCAGCAAAAAGCAGAAAAAAGACAGUGACUUCAAGCAAAUUGAAGAAAACAACCAAAAAUGGCAGAACAGUGUGGGCUUUGACAGCGUUAUGGGAAUGGGAAGAAAAUGCCAUAAGCAAAGUUAUGGAGAAGACGACUUCGUGUAUGUGCUGCUGUUUUUUUCAUCUUGUGUUAAGGAUACUAACAGUGACAAAAAUUGAAUGUUUGAACUUAAAUGUGAAUGAAAAAGUCAAAUAUUGAUCAGAAAUUCUUCAAAACUUAGAACCCCAAGGUGAAAAGCAGGUUAAUACCAAAUAAACCCCAGCAUCUGGUCACUGAAACUAAACUCAGCCUGACAGAGCCACCUUAAACACACACAAAUAAAAACAUUCAGGCCUAAGAGUCAGAUUUGCAUUUUUUCUCUUUUCAGAGAAAGUCAGCACCAUGGACAAGAAGGAUGAGAUCCAAUCUGCCACUGAAGUCAAAGUAAGUUACCAUCUCUUACAAGUUUGCCCUGUCUUGUACUCUCUGUCUUGAGCUGUAUGUUUUUUUGUCUUCAGGACGCCGUGGAGAAGCAGAUCCUGUCUCACAGAGAGGCCCAUCAGAGACAGAUCAGCAGCCUGAGAGACGAGCUGGAUACCAAAGAGAAACUCAUCACAGAGCUCCAGGAGUAAGACACAACAUCAGCCAACACUUCUUAUCCUCUUAAUGGAACCAUUUGUCCUGUACUGAUUCACUUCCUGACGUGUGUUUAGUCUGAACCAGAAGGUCAUGUUGGAGCAGGAGAGGCUGAGGGUGGAGCACGAGAAGCUGAAGGCUGCAGACCAGGAGAAGAGCCGCCAGCUGCAGGAGCUCACGUAAUGCCUCUGUGUAAUAAUAGUCUGCUACAGCCUGUUUUUUUUAUUGUAUUGAAUUUAUUUGGAGUCAUUUGUUUUACUCUGUGCAGGGUGCAGCAGGACAGACAGGAGCAGGCCAGACAGGACCUGAAGGGACUGGAGGAGACAGUGGUCAGUUAAUGCGUGUCUCAUUAAAUUCACCCAAACUGAGAAAAAGAGUUUUUAAGUGAAUUUAGAAAUAUGAUAUCAGUACAUUUUGCUCCACAUGCAUUUACCAUUCACCAUUUACCUUUCAACUUCAGUAACCCUGAUUUUUCAGUGUACAAUCAAGUACAAAUGGACACUUAUGGGGCGUUCACACCACUGCAAGUAAAAUCAUCUACUUGCUUGAUUCGCACAAAUCUAGACUGGUGAAUGAAUAGUAUUUACUGGCUUCAUGAGCACAUCAAUGGUAACUUCAACGGUAAUCCCUGCCAACUUAACCGGCGGGAUCAAGUAAUAGACAAAGGGUUUUUUUUACAAUUUACCAGGUAAUCCGACCUCCUCACUUACUUUCCUCCAGACGAGCUCCUUUUUAACCCGGUUUCCGUAAUUGAAAGAAGAUGCAUCAUUUAAUUCGGGGCACUCACACACCGACAUGAUCAGUUUGUUCUCCAUUUUAGAUAUCAGUGAACAACCAUCUGUUUUCAUACGUUACCCGGCAACCUUUGUGCUGUUUAGUUAUCGCGAUGUGAAUAUCCGCUCAACGUGACACAUUUUCAGCUCACGCCCAAUUCAUGUCAUUUGCGCAUAGACCUAACAUGUAAUUCAUUUGCGUGAAUGAUUUUACUUGCGCUUGGUGUGUGGAAACAGUUACGCAACAAGUCCUCUUGUAUGCUCGAAUACAGUUGAUAACAAUCCAGGAAAAUGUCUUAAAGUGGACUGAAUUACAUAGAUUUUUGUCAUGCUGUUGACUCACACAUCUCCAUAAAGGGAUUUUGACUCUGAGUUGUUGUCUUGGUCUUCACACAGGCCAGAGAGCUUCAGACACUCCACAACCUGAGGAGGCUCUUCGUCCAAGACCUGUCCACCCGAGUCAAAAAGGUAAAAAUCCUGGCACUGUUCAGGCUGUACAUGAUAGUUUACCAUCACCACCCUGUGAUGUGGAUUGGUGUGUAAUAUCCUGUGGAGUAACAUCACAUGAGCUUGUGUUGCAUAGGCUUUAACAUUUACCUGAAAUGAGACAAACAGAUCCAUAUUUCUCUCCUGCACCGUCUGCACUCUGUUUAAUUUGCACCGAGAUGAAAUUUUAAUGAAUCCAGGGAACACAACAGUUAGUCUCUGCAGUAAGUAGGCCAUCUGAAUCUUCAAAGGUAGCAGCUGGAAAUUAGGGAUCCAGGCCGUCAGUGUGCCGCUCCUCUGCAGCCCUCAGGCUGAGGCUGGAAAAGAUACACAAAGAGAAAAGCAUGCUUCCUCUCCUGCAAGAGAGAUGACAUGUUGAGGAGUUGUUCUCACCCAAAAUCUGUCAUGGAUCACCUGAUUGAACAACAGAAAUGAUGCUCUACAUCAGAGGUUGAAUAAAGUGUCUUUUGUUCUUGGUUAGAAUGCUAAGAUAGACUCAGAGGACACAGAUGGCAGUGCUGCUCAAAAACAGAAGAUCAGCUUCCUGGAGAACAACCUGGAGCAGCUCACACAAGUCCACAAACAGGUAAAAUAAGAACAAGUUACUAUUCCCUGAUUUAUUCUGAAGGCUACACACUCUGUUUUCUCCCUCUCCCCUCAUUCUUUAAAUCUCGUGUCGACUCGUAUCUAGCUGCUACGGGACAAUGCUGACCUUCGCAGUGAGAUUCCUAAAAUGGAGAGACGUCUGCGGGCCACCGCUGAGCGGGUCAAAGCCCUCGAAGCAGCUCUGAAGGAGGCCAAAGAGAACGCAGCCAGAGAUCAAAAACGCUACCAGCAGGAGAUGGAGCGCAUUAAGGACACCGUCAAGCCCAAAAACAUGGGCAGGAGAGCCUCUGCACAGAUAGGUGGGUGGAUACGCAUAUUAAAACCUCAUCUCACACAAGACUAUCAACCUCAGAAAUGCUCUGCAGUUACAUGCAAGUAUGGAUUUCACUCCUGUGUCUAUGCAGUUAGUAAUGAACCUGGAUCAGGGGUUAAGUAGCAUAUAGGACAGGAUUUUCUUCUUACUCCAUCAGCAGAUUCUUCUUACUUAUUCUGACUGAUUCACUUGUUAAUUCUAGUGAGUGAUAUCUUGAAGUGAGAUGUUUUCCUGAACUCAAGUGAAUGCAGCCAAAAUUAAGCCCAUAUGCUCAUGUAUUUCUUAAUUUUGGACAGAACCAGGCCAAUUCCCUCUCUUUGUUUCCAGUCUUUAUGUGCUGAACUAGGCAAACAGAGUUAGAAAUGAGAAAUCAGUGUCUGGGCUAAAUGCAGUCCACUCUGGCUAGGAGUUGAAAACACAGGCCUUGAAAGUCAUAUCAAUCUCCAUGUUCAACACUUAAGAGCAGAAAAAAACUCUAUCUGCAGCCAAGAUAAAAGAUUACCCCUGUGACUUUACUCUGAUUAAACUUGUGUUUUCUUCCUUUGUUUUGAAUCCAGCCAAACCCAUCAGACCAGGCCAGCUGCCUGGAGCUCCUCUGAUCCCCGGCUUCAUCAGAUCCAGCCUCAUCCAGAACAACAUCAAGGAAGGAGGCAACGAGAGGUAAGAAGACAGGAAACGCACUCUUUUUUAGCCUUUGUCACAGGUAGACGUAAAUCACAUAGGCUCUGUGAUUUAAAAUCACUUUACUUCUGGCACACAGGAUAUCACUGCUAAUUUGUGGUGUUUAAAUUUAGUUUGUUUAUAUUUACUUCAUCAUCGUAAUUAUAGUAUAUUUGUGUGUUCUGCUCCUGAAAAGGAGUUGGGGUUGUAUUUUUUACCCUAAUCACACACUAAAAAUUCUUCCAUCAAUAUUAUUCAUAUAUAUUAUGUAAUAUUAUUCACAAUCUUGGCAUGGAGCCAUGGCUCCUGACCCUUUUGCCCUGAAGCCCUCCUUUUGUAUGGUGAAAAAGUUAAAAGAGGCAUACAUUUUGAUGCUUUACCAUUAAAGAUGAGGAGGGAGUGUAUUAUUUAUACAUUUUUUAACAGGCACAACUAUGUAAACUAUUCAGCAAGGGUGAUUUUAGUUAGUUUGGCUGCCUUGGAGGUGGCUUGGACCCUGGACUGGGAGCCAGUGCCAUAGAGACUCAGACAGCAUGUUAGAAUUUCAGAUAGGGUAUUUUGGAUGUUUUUAUUAUUGUAUAUUUCUAUUGUAUACUUUAUUUCUCAUGUACUGUAUCCCUUAGUAAGACAUCCAAAUGAAGACGUGUUAAUGAAAGAAGAGUUACCGUUUCCCUCAUUCUCUUCUCUGUUUUUUCCUACAGCAGCUGAAGACAGACGGCAGUCACCCAAAUGAGAAGCCAAAACCAACAUCCUUUACACAUUUUCAGUUCGUAGUAUUGAACUUUUACCAGAAACCACAGCUUCACACUUCAAAACACCAUCAAAGUUUGUAUAUAGUGUAUAGAAAUCUGGUCCUUCAAGCCUUAGAUUUACAAGAAACCAACUCACGUUGUUGCCUCUCAGAAUGAAACCACAAAGCCAGAAACUGAAGUUACCAGCAGCUUAAGGAGACAUUUUUGUGAUAGUCUGUAUGAUACUCUUCUCUUUCUUUUAUUUAACCCCACUAAGGUGGUUUAAGAUGAAGCAGGGCGGAAAGAGAUAACAUUUAGAUUUGGAAUAUGAAGAGUGAGGGCAAGUGUGCUCUGUUCUAUUAUUGUUUAAAACUGGCUCUAAGUCACUUUACCGAUCAAUGACCUUAAAAGCACACUGACUCCUCGGCUUCCCAAUGAUUAUGAAGCAAGAAAACAGAAGUUUGUCUUAGGCCCAGGGCAACAAAAUCACAGGGAUUAGAUCGAUAAAAUUGAUAUUUAUUCCUUAUUUAUACCAGCUAGGUAAUUGAAGAUAUGUUUACUUAAAAGGUGAAACAGUCAUUAUAUUUUAGUAUUUCCAAGUGAGCUGGAUGUAGUUGACUUUACUUUUGGAGAAGAAUGAUGAUAAUCCAUCAGAGAGUCUAUGAGUCUUAUUCUUACCUUGUUAUUACUCCUGACUCACUCUAAACUCAUGAAAUGUCUUAAUUUUCAGCCUAAAAAAUGAAGUAAAAGCUCACAAAGGAUUGAGAUUCAUAUAAAGUCAGAGCCUUUGAAUGUGAAAGAUUUUCAGCAAUCUCCCUUUGAAAUGAUUUUCAAGCUUGACGUUACUUUUACUCUCUUAGAGAUAAUGGGUCGUCCGAUGUCUGUUAUGUUGACAGAUUUUGAAGUGAAAGUUUUUAUUCUAGAGAUAAUAAAUUUUAAUUGGAAACUCAA